CGCGGCCGAUCUCGAGAAGUGGUAGCCGCCCAAGGCCCUCCUCUAGAAUACUUCGAAGCAGCAGAGCGUUUCGCGGAGGUGAAGACGUUCCCCGUCAAGCUCAAUAUCGUGAUCCAGGUCGUCAGGAGCCGCGGAGAUAUUCAGCCAUUCAUAGCGCUCGGAAAGGAGCUCCAGACGUGCUGCCACAGAUCCGACCUCGAGUUUUACCCCCACGGAGGAGAUCCUUCCGAAUUGAUGGCCUACAUGGUCAAGAACCCCGGCUUGAUCCCGAGCUUGAAGAGCUUGAAGGGCGGAGAUAUCCAGAUGAAGCGCAAGAUGGUCAAGGAAAUGCUCGAUGGAUGCUGGAGUUCUUGCAUCUAG